GAAGCGUUGUGUCGGUCUACUACAUCAUUUCUUUCGCCUUGGGGUGUCCUUUCAUGUCGUCUACGCUGCCUGCGAUGUAGUUCGUAGAAAAAAUGCGUUGGCUUUUCGCAUUUUUCCCGUUUUUCUUGUGUCUUAGUUUUGUCGAUACUUGUGGUGUGAACGAGUUUAAAUCACAGGAAACUGGAUUAUGUUGCCUGCUAUGCCCAGCGGGCAAACAUCACCUGAAGGACUGUGGGCAGGAUUCCAGUACUGAAUGCCAGGCAUGUCCUAAAGACCAAUUUACUGCCGUACCAAACAACUACACUUCUUGUGAAAAAUGUGCAAGUGUGAAAUGUGAUAGUGCUAGUGGAAAGAUCCUGAAGCCGUGCACACCAAUGUCAAACAGUCGGUGUGAAUGUCCAGAUGAUAAAUAUUGGAACAGUAACACUUUACGGUGUAAAGACUGUAAAAAAUGUGGCCCAGGCGAGCAAACAACUUCCCCCUGUAAAACAGAUGAGGAUACAAAGUGUGAGAAGUGCCCAGAGGGCAAAUACUCCAGGAACAGUAUCUGUGUUACCUGCAGCCGCUGUCGCCAAGGACAAGUUGUGAAGUCAGAAUGCACAAUUCUGAAAGACACGGACUGCAGGACAGCUCAGAUUAUUGUCGCUUCUCCACAUUCACAGAAAGUCAAUAUGCCAACAGUAUUGCCAGCUAACUUAACUCCAGAACCAAGCUCAGGAACUACAGGGUCAAGAUCUCAGAUAGAGAAAGAUGAUGCAAGCAAGGUACCACAUUCUUGUGAACCCCAGACAUUUAGUGAUGGUGUGGCAUGGUUCCUCUUAGUUCUUGUUGCUCUGUUGUUUUGUAUUGUUUUCCUUUUAACAUGGUCAAAAGUGAAGAAAUUUGUUUCCAAACACAAGAUUCCAACUCCAACUCCAACUGCAGGCAAAGUUGCUACCAUUGCUAAACCAAAGUCAGAGUUACUUAUCAGAGAGAACAAUAGGAAAUUUAGCAGCUUGCCUGCUUCUGUAACAGAAGAUUUGGCAACUUAUUUGAAUGCCAAACAAGGAAGGAAUUGGAAGUACCUUGCAGGACUGAUGGGGUACAGUACCUCCUUCACACAGAACCUGGAGUUGACACCAACGGAAGCUACACAAAGACUUCUACAAGACUGGGAGCAUAAAAGUGGCGCAACAGUGUUUGAGUUGUACCGUUUAAUACAGCAACUUGAACGAGACGAUGCCUUGGCCAUUUUAAAGCCUUAUCUCACAACACCAAAAAGCAGGGGUGAAGUAGAUGUGUAAUGAGCAACACUGAACACAAGCCUGCAAAUAAUUUUUGUCUAUAAGCAGGUUAUUUGUCAGGCCAAGGACAAGGUUUGACCUGACAAAAGGCGGUCUGGUCAGACAAAUUUUUUUUGUUGUUAGAAACUAAAUAUAAGAGACAUUUGAGACAUUUUGGUAUUUCAGUGUAGACCCUUCGCCAAAAUGUUGGUUGCAAAUUCAAAUGGCUUAAAAGUAAAGUCAACUGAGUGUAAAAUUAAUACUAGCACCACAAAGGGGACCUUUACAUUAAGUCAGGUAUUAUUUUACCUGUUGAAAAUUGACAAAUUUAGAAACAUUUAUACCACUAGUUUCCCUUCACCCACUUAAUCACAUGUGUAUUCCAUAUUUUCCCGCGUAACAAGUUUCACGUGUGGACAGCUUGUCAGUUUUAAAACUCAUUCACAAUAACAUUCACAGACUUGAAAACAAAAUUGGCUGAAAUGAAUUCUUCGACUUUUUCUAAAAACAAGUUUCCCUUGAAAAUUUUUGGGGUCAAUUGAAUAAAAAAAAUAUGCAUAGUUAGCAUGACUAAUCUGUACAUUCACGCUUUUCAAAAAAACAUGUCUGUGGCACGGAAACUAAUUCAAAAUAUAUUGAACCACAGACAUAAAAAAAACUGUAAAAAGCUAACUGAGUUUUGAUCAUAUGGACUGGAAAUACUUUUGGUUUAGUUUUAGUGGUUUUAAAGUUUUUGAAAGCGAUUGCAUUCAGAUAAACGAAACAUGAGAAUUUGGACUGUGUAUCCAAUUUGCAUAAUAUUUUAGUCGGGUCAAAUUAUGACAGAAAAUUAAUUCCACAACACUUGCAGAUAGCAAACAACGAGUAACAACAUACAUGUAUAAGACCUCAGAUUUAAUUAGUUUUCAGACAAAUGUAAUUCAGACUAAAUGGAGCUUCCCAAUCUUUCAAGACACCACCGCAAAAUGGGUAAAUUAACACAUAGCCUGAAUAGUGGAGCUGCUGUGGCAUGUCUGCAAUUCGACAUGACAUUUAAGACAACACUUUGGGCAUGAUAGAAUUCUCAGAUAUGGAAUAAAGAUGAAACUGAUCACAAGCUUUUUUGCAUAGUAUUGUGUGGCAGUAUAAUAAAAUAACUCGUUCCAUAGUCAGCAACAUAUUUCCAAUCAAAUUCUUUUUCAUUUAGCAGAAAUGCCCAGUCAGUGUCCAACCAGGCUAAGUUUUUACCUGUCAAAACCUCAAAUUUACCAGACAAUUGUCCAAUGACCAACUGUUAUUUGCAGGCUUGUGAACAUGUUUUUGAACAUGUUUCUUUCAUACAAAAUACUUUUUGUAAGCAUAAUUUUUAUUAGCAGUUUUGUUUUUGUAUGU